GAUAAGUGAUGUCAACCACAAGCUAAUGCAAGAUAAUAGUUAUGAUACGUGACAUGCGUAUACUUUGACUUGUGAAUUCAUGGUCUCUACUCUUUCAUAGGAUCUAACUAACCUCCUACAGUAAAGACAGAAAGUCUUCCAACGAGAAUUUGAGCUUUGCCAAACGCGUUUUAAAUCCCUUCUUAUUAAGUUUUUUUUCUUCCUCUAACUAAUUUCUUGUCUGAAAGUUUUGGUGACUAACACAUGUACCAUACAUAUAUCUCUGUUUAUGUGGAUCAUUUUAUUUGACUUGAAAACUAGUUAAACAGAAAGCUAUACAAGGUGGAGCACAAAGGCAAAAAGUUAAAAAGACACGAGAACUGUUGCUUCUUACUUUAGUUUUAGUUGCACUGAUCCAAAUUAGAGUUUGCCUGUUCCUUAAGUUAACACAAAAUGGUAAAUACACUCAACAGUUAGAAAUCAAAUAAACAAUAAUCGGUUAAUCAUGUUUAUAGCCACCCAAGCUAGUUUUGACACCAAUCAAAUAACAACACUAACUCGAUUAUCUAAAAUCCCAACUACCAGCAAAUAGAGAGGAUGGUCAUUUAGAUCCGUAUGGUACUACAUGCUUACACUUUGACUUCUAUUCCACCAUUCAUGGUCUCCAUACUCUAUUGUAGAGAGAAGAUCUAGGGAACUUUCCUUUUUUUUAACGGACUAUCAUACAUACUAAAUCAUUUUCUUAAUGUAUAUUUUACAAUUAAAAAGAUGAAUCACUAUUCAGUAAAAAAAAUUUAUAAAUAGCUAAAUCACAUUAACAUGAAUCCCAAACCAUCUCUUACCACUUUCUCCAAUACAAUCACUCUUGUUCAUUGAUGUUCUUACCCAAACACACAUCUUAACGUGGAAAAAAAAAAGAAAGACUCAGACAAAGCUAACUGUCUUUUGUUUCAUUUCGUUGUCACAUGGCCACUGAUUCAGCAAUGUUCGCAUCCUCACGUCGGAGGCAAUCUCCGUCGCUGGAGGCGUUUCUAUCACCGGUUGAUCUCUCCGACGUCCCUCUCCUUCGAACACUAUCUUCCACCUCAUCAGAGAUCGUCUCGUGCUUCAGCAACGCACGUUUCUCCUUCCAACGUAGAAACACCCGUUCCCUGAUACGUAAAGUCCAAGUCAUCGCCGUCUUGCUCCAACACCUCGCACCCGAGUCAAGCUUGGAUCCCACGGCGGUGCUCUGCUUCAAGGAGCUCUAUCUCCUCCUCCACCACUCGAAGUUCCUCCUCCGCUACUGCGCUCACUCCUCUAAGCUAUGGCUCUUGCUGCAAAGCCCCUCGCUCUCGAGCUUCUUCCACGAUCUGAGCAAAGACUAUUCGACCCUCUUAGAUGUCCUCCUCCCCGCUGAGAGUCUCUGCCUAAACGACGACAUUAGAGAGCAAGUCCAGCUCUUGCACAUGCAGCACUACGUUGACGAUAACAACGACGAGACGCUGCGUAACAGACUCUAUUCGUUUCUCGACGAGUUCGAGAACGGGAGUGUACCAAACUCGGAAGAGCUAAGCUUCUUCUUCUUCGAGAAACUCGGGAUUAAAGAUCCAACAAGUUACAGAGAUGAGAUCGAGUUUCUUGAAGAAAAGAUCAAAACCUACGGUUGUGACUUGGAGCCUACGAGGUCGGUGAUCAACGGGUUUGUAGAUAUCACACGGUACGUUAUGUUUCUCUUAUUCAAGAUAGAAGAUAGUAACGAGAUUAAGAAACAGAGGAAAGGUUUGAUCUCUGAGGAGAUUGAGAACACGUUUACAACGCUUCCAAAGGAUUUCAUCUGCUCCAUCUCUCUCAACAUCAUGAACGAUCCUGUUGUGAUCGUCUCCACCGGACAGACUUACGACCGAAGCUCCAUCGCUAGGUGGAUUCAUCAAGAAGGUCGCUCUACUUGUCCCAAAACAGGACAGAAGCUCGUGGACUUGAGUUUCGUUCCCAAUCUAGCUUUGAGACACUUGACAACGCUUUGGUGCCAAGUAAACGGUUUGUCUCAUGACUCACCACCACCUAAAGAGUCUCUCCCUAAGGUGUUUCAAACAAGAGCUUCGACGGAAGCAAACAAAGCAGCUAUAUCGAUUCUCGUACAGAACCUAGCACACGGCUCAGAGUUGGCUGCAGGAGAGAUCCGUGUUCUCACUAGAACAGUAACGGAAACGCGUACGUUGAUCGUGGAAGCAGGUGCGAUCCCGUAUCUGCAUAGUCUUCUCAAAUCCCAAAACGCUGUUGCGCAGGAGAACGCAGUCGCAUCGAUCUUUAACUUGUCUAUCGACGAAGCAAACAGGAGUCUGAUCAUGGAAGAACACGACUGUCUCGAGUCGAUAAUGAGCGUUCUAGUCUCCGGUCUUACGAUGAGAGCUAAGGAGAUAGCAGCAGCCGCGUUGUACACUCUUUCCAGCGUACAUGAUUACAAGAAAACGAUAGCAAACGCUGAUGGCUGCAUCGAGUCGCUUGCAUUGGUGCUGCGAAACGGAACCGUGAGAGGGAAGAAAGAUGCUGUCUACGCUUUGUAUAGCUUAUGGUUGCAUCCGGAUAACUGCAGCUUGGUGGUAAAAAGGGGAGGAGUGUCUGCUCUGGUUGGAGCUUUAGGGGAAGAGUCUGUGGCGGAGAAAGUUGCGUGUGUGUUGGGUGUGAUGGCAACUCAAGCUUUGGGAGCAGAGAGUAUAGGGAGAGAGGAAUCAGUUGUGACGGGGCUCAUGGAGCUGAUGAGAUGUGGAAGACCUAGAGGCAAAGAAAAAGCUAUUGCGACACUGUUACAACUCUGCACACUAGGUGGAGCGGUUGUGAAGGAGAAGGUUGUGAAAACACCGGCUCUUGCGGUCUUGACGCGUAAGCUUUUGCUAACGGGUACAGACCGAGCUAAGAGGAAAGCGGUUUCACUCUCUAAGGUAUGCAAGGGGUGCGACCAAAACACACAGAGAUAGACGGUCUUGUAAUAGAGAAGGGAAUUAUAGAACCGUUCUUGUGAUCUCUAUAUUUAUGCAUGUCUUAAAAAAGUGUGUUAAGGGAGACAGCAGGAUAAACCUUUAUACAUGUUAUUGUAUGA